GUGAAGGUGUGUGUGUUGUUGGUGUGCCAGUGUGCCAGUCCAAUAGAAAUGAAUGGGAUCAGAUUACCAGCCUGUAGGCAGAGAGAGCAAUGGAGGCGAAUGGGGGUAAUUUAGGGGUUCUCUGAUCUUAAAUACAAUUACAAGCUCUUAUGGGCUCAUCCUUGUCCAGCUAAUUAUGAUAUCAGUCUGGUUUACGUUUUAUAUUUAAAAAUAGAAAUCAUUGUGUUGUGCAGGAUGGGAAAGCGUUUAGUUUUUCAUUACAGGAUAGCUCUGGGCUGUAUUACAGAGAGAAUACAUUGUCAUACUCACUGUACCUGCAUAUGAGAUGCACCCCCUUUGUACGGUUGGUUUGAGCGUCUCUCCUUAUUUCCCAUGCGAUGGAAACCGCACUGUCCCAGGAUAUACUAACUAUACCGAUCUCAAGGGGGGGGAGGGUUGAUAAAUGCCUAGCAAUUACUCGUGGCUCACGCCGCCCGCAGGCUGGCUGACCCUCUGCCUCUGGGAUACGUAUUCAUAUAUUUAGGGGUCCGGAGCAGGCACAGUGUGCAGCAAUUUUGGGAUGAGGUGGGUUAAUGUAAAAUUUCCCAUGAGCCCCCAGCGAUGAUUCCCUUCCGGAUCGUUGUUUGCAAGGGAAGGUUCAUUCAACUGCUCGCUAAAAACAGGGGAAAUACCCCAGGGAUGGGAUUGUGAGCAGUCAUAUAGAAACAAGGCUCUCCCUGUGUAUUUAUGGUCUGUCCCGGGGGAGAGAGCAGGAAGCAUGUCCAAGGCUCAGACAGAAGGAAACCCCGGUGCUUCCCAGCAUCCAUUUAAAAAAAGAAGAGACUCAACACUUGCGGAAAAGGUUAAAAUCUUGGAACUCCUUCAACAGCCCAAGGCUUCCCAGUCAUCUGUUGCAAGGAAUUUGGGGUUGUCACAGUCAACAAUUAGUCGGGUGAUGAAAAACAGGGAAGAGAUUUUAGAACGGUGGAGCCAAAAUGAAAAUCCAUGUCGUAAACGGAACAGGCCUUUCAAACAUGCCAAGGUGGAUGAGGCUUUGCUGGAAUGGCUUCUCUUCGCUAAGGCUAAUAAGCUUCCUAUUUCAGGGCCUAUACUCAUGAGGCGAGCAGAGGCCAUAGCCAAGGAGAUCGGUUGUCCUCAGUUUAAGCCCUCCAAUGGGUGGCUGUGGAGGUGGAAAGAGAGAUACCGACUGUUCUAUAGAACAGAAGUCCUACCUUGUCAAAGGAGUGGAAUGAUGCAAGGGCAAGAUGUACAGGAAUCCAAAAUAGAUUAUGACAAAAUGACAGCAAAGGGCUAUUGCCUCAAUGCAGAUGAAAGGAGUGAGGGCCUGACUCGAUCAGAGGUCCAUGACCGAUCAUCUCAAUUAUGCCCUAGGAAUAGGUCCCUGACCCUUGCCCAAGUGGCUAGGGAAUACCAUUCCCAAGACAUAUUCUGUGGCAUUGAAUCACUCUUUCAGUUUCGAGCUAUGGCGGGUCAGGGUUUCAUGUCUGAACACAAGAAGGAAUCUGUCUGCAUUUGGUUCUGUUGCAACAUGAAUGGAACAGAGAAACUCAAACUAUUGGUGACUCACAACCUCCCUGCCAAGUUUGUUGGGGCCCACUCAUUAUCACCUGUGUUCCUGAAGCUCAGUCACAAUGGGUAUCUGACAGAAGGACUCUUCAUUGAGUGGCUUCUGACCUGGGACUCAAAACUUGCCAGGCAAGAUAGAAAGGUCCUAUUGUUUUUAAUGGUGCAUGGCACUGUACCAAAAGUUAAACUCCGGAACAUCUCCCUCUGUCUCUUUCCUAAGAACAACACAAAUAUGUCUUCUACCAAUCUCUUUGGGCAAGAAUUGGUCAGCGAAUUCAAUGCUUUAUACAAACAACUGCUGCUCGAAAGGUUCCAGGAGGACACCAAUGUCAGCAGAGGGUCUGGAGUGUCCUUCCUUAAGCAACUGUCGCAUAUGACACUUGUAGAGGCAAGUUAUACAAUGAACAAGGCUUGGUUAAGGAUAUCUUCCUGCACUAUUAAAAACUGUUUCCAGAAGAUAUUAAGCACCCAGGCAUUUUGCUCUGCAAGACCACAGCCGACUAGUCUCGUGCCAAAUAAAGAUAUUCCAAUCUUAAUGCUACAGGGAGCUGCAGAGAAUUUACACAAUUAUGGACCAUUUACUGCUGGAUUGGGAACAUACCGGAAAGUAACCAUCAAAGAAGAGUGUGUUGUUGAGCAGGAAGACGAUGAUGAGUUUGAAGCUCCAAGCUCCUACUUAUCUUACCCCAUACAGAAGGUAAAGGUGGGGGACAAUAAGGACAUGGCACAUCAAGGUGGCGUGGCCAAAUCUGAGCGAGACGGCUUUGAUCUGUGUGUAACAACCAAAGACAAUGAUAUGACUUCUACAGUUGGAAUAAAGUCAGAGGUCCUUGAAGACUUUAGCAGUGUCCAAGAACUGAAAGGGGCAUGUGGUGUUAUCCAACGGUUCCUUUCUAGCCAGGGCCAAGAUAUGAGUAUUUUCUGUGCGCUGCAGGGUCAGAUAGAGAGAUGCUUAGACAAUCAGUGUAGGAAGAAACAUGUUUAACCUGCAACACAUACACAUUUUAGUGUGUUGUCAAACAAACACAUCACAGUAAAUGGCAUUGACUCUAGUGUUUUUUCUUAGCUGGAGAAGUUGGUUGUACAUAUGAUUUGCUGAAGCCUUAAACAGUUGUUGCAAACAGGCACUUUACUGGUAAGUUCUGACUAGUAGAGGAACAAACUAAGUGUGAAAAGAUCAGGCUAGGUAUCCUAUUAAAACAAAUACAGAGUUUGCCAGAAUUGUGCAGAUCAAGAGGUUUGUUGGUCUGGUUUUGUCUAUAACCCUUGCUCCUUUAUUAGCGGUCUCCUCAUGCCCAACAUUUGAAGGCACUUUCUAAAAAAUGCAAAAUAGGGAUUAUUUAGCUUUCUGCAAGAGUCUAGUAUUUUAAACCUCAAGAUAUCUGCUAGCACACCACAUAUUCUGGACAAGACAAUUUCAGUGCACUUCCUGUACAAGAACCCUGGAGAAGGAUGGCAGCAGGCCUCUUGUAUGGACCAAUGGACCCAUUGCUUCAUUAGAUGCAAAUUUCAUAGGGCGUUACCCCAGUUGUUAUGUGUGUUUCAGGGUGGCUUCCACUCUCCUUUCUCUAAAGACAACAAGGUGCUACACAGUGA